AGAAAACAUCUGAUUAUAAACGAUAAUUGUUCCUUAUGAUGUUAUUUUGAUUUCUUCAUUAAUUUUAAUUAAUUAAUUUUUUUGUGUUCCACUUCUUUUGGUUGAUAGUUUUUUCGAUUUUCAAUAAAUGGAAAGACAAGUUACUGAUCACACAUUGAUAUUCGAAAAGAAUCGAGUCAAAAGCUUCACUAGAUGGCCUCAUAAAUCAGUUAGUCUAUCAAAAGAAAAUAUGGCUAAAGCAGGUUGGUUUAAAUGUUGUGUUAACACCAAUGAUGAUGCAGUUCAAUGUUUUUGUUGUCUUAAACAAUUGGACGGUUGGAAACCAGAUGAAGAUCCUUGGAAAGAGCAUCUUGACCAUAGUCCUGAUUGUGAAUUUGCAAAAAUUGGCUUAGAACAGGAUAAAUUAACCUUACCACAAUUUCUUGUCAUUAUGGAGAAAAGAUCAAUCAACUUAGUAGAGAAGAAAUUUAAUGACGAGAAACAUGAAGAGAAAAAAUUAUUAAAGAAAUUAGGAAUAUAUCAAUACAUUCGAGGAGAUUCAAAGUCUGAUACUGACGAUGAAUAGGAAGAGAGAGAGAGAGAGAGAGAGAGAGAGAGAGAAAUGGAGGGAGAAAAGGAGAGAAAUAAAUUGAGAUAAAGUUCUUUUUACAUUUAUAAUCAAAUUCAUUAAUAUGUUUUAUUAUCAUUUGCUUAUUAAUAUUAUAAAUCCAUCUUGUGUUUGCAUCAUUAUUAAGUUUUUUUAAUACUCAAAUAAACCAUUCAACAUGCAAACAAACAUUCACAAAGUCAUUGAAAAGCAAAUACAAAGGCCUUGAAAUUAGUGCUGCCUAAUUUUGUUUGUUACCUUAACUUUUUUCACCAUCGUUUUUAGAGAUGUGAUUGUAAUUGAAGAAAAAAAUAGGCUAAGGGGAGACGAGAAACAAAAUUGCAUUGGAAUAGGAAUAAGAAUCUCUAGUAAGAAAUAAAAGAGUGAGAGUGAGAGAGAAGGGGAGAAGGAGAGAAGGAGAGUGAAUAGAAGAUUGGAUGAAUAUGGAAGAAAAAGAGAAAAGCAAAGUGGGAGGAAGAGAGAAAAGGAGAGAAAGAGAGAGAGAGAGAAAAGGAG